AUUAAAAUUACGCAAGAUCUUCAUAUCGCACACAAGAUGGGAAAAAUAUACGAACAUCGACUGAAGCAACCGACACCGAACGCGUCAAUGGGACAAGUUAUACUGGAGAAGUUGCGAGAGAACAACGAUGUUAUAUUAGUGGACGGACCCACGGGUGCUCAGGUGACACACAAACAGUUGCUUCAAGACAGCAUAAAAUUCGCAAACUUUCUACAGAGACGAGGUAUCAAAAUCGGAGAUAAGAUCGGUAUCGCCUGCGAGAAUCGAUUGGAUUGGUUCAUUCCGGCUUUCGCAACUUAUUANCUCGGCGCUAUACUAGCGCCGUACAAUCCCGCGUACACGGAUUANGAGUUCCAGCAUAUAUUGAACAUCGCGAAACCGCGAAUUGUUAUCGUAUCUCGGCGCACCGAACGUCUUCUGGCGAAACUUCUGUCCGGUUUGUCCUGGAAAAUAGAGUUGAUACAACUGGACGAUCAGCCGUUCGGAUCGAACGUACGCACGCUGAAGGAUAUCUUGAGCAACGAAUCGAUAGACCAACGGCUUCUUCUGGAGUACAAAGCGGCAGAUGUGGGCGAUACCAGCCGGCAUCCGUUGGUUAUUCUCUCUUCGAGCGGAACGACAGGACUGCCGAAGGGAGUAACGUUGUCUCAUAAAAAUCUCUUAGCGUUUAUUACAAAAAUAGGUCAACCGGAAUAUCUCGCGACAAGGCCGCGCGACAAACUGUUGCUGUUGUUGCCGUUUUAUCACGGUUACGCGCACGGCACGGCGUUGCACUGUUUAUACACAAACAUCGUGGUGGUCGUGAUGCCGAGCUUCGAGCCAAAGCUCUUUCUCAGUCUGAUACAGGAGCACAAGAUUACCCAUCUGCCGAUCGUGCCGCCGAUUCUUACGUUCCUUGCGAAGCAUCCUCUGGUGGAGAGAUACGACUUUCGCAGCGUGAGAGAACUCAUCUGCGGAGCGGCGCCGCUCGCGAAGGACAUUGCGGCAGAGGUGAAAGCUCGUCUCGGGAUAAAAGACAUUCGCAACGGCUACGGCAUGACGGAGCUGUCGGUGGUGAGCAAUCUGAGCGCGCGCGGGGACGAUGACGAUUGGGAAAAGUACGAGAAUCCAACGACGGGUCGACCUCUGCCUGGUUAUCUCAGUAAAAUCGUCGACAUCGAAACGCAAGAGACGCUGGAUGCCGGCCAGACCGGCGAGAUCUGUUUCCUGGGAGAGCAAGUGAUGUUGGGUUACUGGAACAACCCCGAAGCCACCAGGCAGACCAUUGAUCAGGACGGAUGGCUGCACACCGGCGAUGUCGGCUACUACGACGAGAAGGGCCGACUCCACGUGGUCGAUCGUCUUAAGGAGCUCAUCAAGUACAAGGGUUAUCAGAUCUCGCCGUCGGAGAUUGAAACGGUCCUGCUGUCGCACCCCGCGGUGAAGGACGCCGCGGUCGCUGGCAGACCGGACGAACGAGGCGGGGAGGUUCCCGUGGCCUUCGUAGUGAGGCAACCCGGCGCUAACGUCACUGCUCAGGAACUCCAGGAGCUCGUUAAACAGAAACUGUCGCCGCAAAAAUGGCUGCGAGGUGGCGUGCAAUUUGUCGAUGCCGUACCUAAGAAUCCCACCGGCAAGAUUCUACGUCGCGAACUACGGACAAUGAUCGCUAAAUUGUAACGACGUAUCGUCUAACUAAAGAAAAGGAUGACAAUUGAAUAUUUUGCGAAGUGUUUGUUUUUUUGAUAAAAUUGCGAAAUGAAAACUAUAGAAUAAAUUAUCUCGUUGAAAAAAUAUAUUUUAAUGUUUUAAACUUUUCUCAAUCGAGAGAGAAUUACAUUGCAGUGUUUUUAAUGUUCGAAAAUGUUAUUGAUUAUUGUGUCUCAGACGAAUAAGCAAUUUUUUACAUUUA